AUGUCUAAGGGAUCCUCACGGAGCUUGAUUAGGUCUCUGGAACAGUUGUUUCGGGACUCCAAGUCCGUGUUGUCAGUACCGCCAGCCACAGUGACCACCCUCGACGAGUACAUUGAGAGACAUGACACAUUCACAUCUAUGAACAACAACAAACUCAGUGACGAGUUGUACCACAUAUACAAGGAGUUUGUAGUUGAUGACAGUGCCAAAGAGCUUGGAUUCUUGCAAAUUUUGGCUACUCUUUCCCCGUUCAUAGUAGAGACCAAAGAGCUUAUGCUGUGGAUAGACAGAUACUAUACGCCAGCAGUCAACUCAGCAGGCAGAGACUCCAAGUUUGUUUCUGCUUGUCGCCAGUUUUUGAAGAGCAUUCUGGUAGUGAAAGAAUCUUCAGAUCAGCAAUUGCAGGCGAUCAGGAAAGAACACGCGGAGAUUCUACUGAAAAGACUCCUGGACACAUGUCUGAUACUGCCUGAUUCUGGGAAAAAGGUGACAAGCAACUCCGACUCUCAAGAGACAGAAGAACGCCAGAGAUUUAUCAGACUCAACUGCAGGCAGCUAAUUGAGGUGUUUUACGAAAAAGAUCUGAGAACACACCUGGAAAUGAUGGAUAGUUAUGUCAGGAACCCUCAAUCCAGACUGGCUGCUUUGGUGCUUCUGGCAUCCGUUGCAAAGCCAUAUUCCGAGAAUCUGAAAAUCAUUGCCGAAACAAGUUUGUUCACUCAUAUUCUGAAUUGUGCGUUGCUAGAUAGGCCGGUGCAGGUGGUUUCGGUGUCUGUAUCGCUACUGUGUCUCAUCAUACCUCAUAUUGCCAAAUGCAUAGACCAGUAUCUGCCGCAGCUUUUUGCCAUAUACUCUAGACUGGUGUGCUGGGACCUCGGCAUUCAGUUUCCCGAGCUGGUUUACGAUGAAUCUACGCCAAAACUGGAGAAGGAUGAGCCCAAUUACCUCCAGCCAACAUGGGAGCCGCUUGAGGAUGGCAUUGAGGAGAACGACAUUUAUUCUCCAGAGUUCAAAAAACUGUUCCUGGUCCUGUAUGGUCUCUUUCCAAGAACAGUGUGUGAUUUUGUAGGAGAUGCUGCUUCUAUUGACGGUCUGUUCCGAUUCCCAGCAGACACGGUGCGAAAACUUUCGGAAAAGAGGCCUAAAAUCGAGUCUACUUCGCAGAAAUUGGUGCAAUCAUUUUUGUUCAACCAAGCUCUGCUCAAGUAUAGAACUGCAGAGGAUGAGAUUUCAGACAAAACCCGAUAUGGUGAGGCGACCGCUGAGGAUUUGGCUAUGUACGUAAUGUCGCUGGACCCUCAAGUUUCGGGUCCUAUGCCGAUCCGCGAUAUGAAAAAAGGAAGCUUCAGUUUGUCAAGAAUGAAAAGUCGCGAGGACUCUUUGGUCUCAGGACUGGCAUUCAAAACCCCAAAUUACGAGCUCAAGACAGAGUCUCCCUCAAUACCAGAUGACAUACAUCCGUUUUCCAAAUCAUCGUCUGAAUACUAUGAUUCCCAACCCACCUCACAAAACGAUCUCAACGGGUUAUUGAACACACACAGACUCCUGUUCUCGAACUCUGAUCAACCUUCUUCUGGAAAUGAAUAUCUGAGAAGGAUGUCUGUUCAGUCCAUUCCGGAGAAUAUUGACGAGUCUUUGAGCUCAUCGACCGAAUCGGACGUCAAGAUCGAGGAAUCCGGACCGGGGACGCAGUUGCAGUUCUACCAGAGAGAGUUAUUGAUUAGUUUGAAUGAACAAGAGUUUUUGUCCCAUUCUAAUCAUCUCAUUAUCAAAUCUCUCAAGACUUCAAGGGACGAGCAAGCCAGCCUCUCCCGUGAGCUUCAGAAUCUGAAAGCUUUGGAAUUGGCCAACAAAAGUCUCCAGGAGAAAAACGAGCAGCUUAUUGGUGAAUUGCAAACUUCUAGGAACCAUCUGUCCUCCAUGAGGCUUCAGCGGUCACAGGAAAACGUGGCUCUGUUGAAAGAGGUGAAUGAACUCCGGGGCGAAGUCGGCGUUCUUCAGACACAACUAGGCCAUUUGAGGGCCGAAUCUAAGGGAUUCGAAAAUGAGGUAUCAAAACUGAAGCUACGGUCUGAGCCUCGUGAGGCAGAUAUAGUUUCGUUAUCCAAUAAGAUAGCGACUCUGGAGUCGGAUUUGCAAGCAUAUGAGAAUGCAGAACCUCGUGUCAUAGCGGAUGAACAUGAAACCACAAAGGGCGACUCAAGCAGCCCAGAGGUUACUACUUUGCAAGAAGAAUUAAGGAGGUCGAAUGAUAGCUUUGAGGUAAAGACGAAAGCUUUGGAGAAUCACUAUAAGGGCUUGGUAGAAAGUUUACAGCAGGAGGUUGUUCAGCUGAGAAGUGUCAACUCGGACUCCAGUUCGAAGAAAGUUUCUGAAAUAGUUUCCAGUUACGAGUCCAAAAUAGCAAUUCUGAAAGCUAAAGUUACAAGCCUUCAGUCUGCUCUCCAGGAAAGAGAUGACGACCUGAUGCAUAUAACGACUACACAACCCAUCAACAUACCAAUUUCCAGACCAAUUUUUGGAUUAGGUCAACGUGGAGACUCGUCAAUGCGAGCUGUGGGAAGCUCAGGAUUGGGAUCAGCAUUGAAUAUCAAGCAAAGUGUUUUGGCUGGUGGUGGUUUUGGAAACUUCGUUCCUGGACCGCCUUCUGCUUCUGAUAGCCCGCACUUUUUAGGAGUAGGGACGCCUACAUUUCAACACACUAACUUGGCCUGGUCGCCGGAUCAACCGCUCGGUUCUAAACUUACAAGAUAG